UUCGAUUAACCCGAUUUUUCAAUUUCAUUGUGAAGCUAGGAUUAAAUGCCCAUCUUAUUGGAAAAUCCUUUUAAUUCUGCUUAUAAUAUGUAAUUUUAUUUUCUUGGACUGAGGUAAAAAUAUCUAAAACUGUAAUAACAUAUGUGACAUAUGACCAAGCAGUCAAUGCCGAUAUUUCAAUAAAAAAAAAACAAUAUUACAUGUUCUAUAUGUAUUAUAACAGAUUUUUCAAUAAAUGGUUAACUAGGUGGAAAUACAAGUAUCUCCCCAGUUUUGUUGAAUCUAAAAUCAAUGUAUAUAGAGGAAAACUCUGAAGUAUCAUUUUCAAUUCUUAAAACGCCUAGAGUGCAAAAUGAAGCGAAUAAUAUACAUCUUUCUAGAAGAGUUAGCUUCAGCAGUAACUUUAUUAAAGCAUUCACAACAGAUGAUGACAAAAAUACCAUUUGGGAUUCAACGGUUGAAGAAUCUAUAAGUGCAACCGAAUCUUCAAAUUCACAACAUUUGAAGGAUCCUCGAUUACAUGAUAUUCAAAAUACUAUGGUUGACAACGAUGUAGAUAGUGAAAAUGUAUAUAUUAAAGUCCCUAUCAUAGGUUCUAAGAAAUUAAAUGUUAUAUCAAAUGAGAAAGAGAAUUUUCAAGUAGUAGAUUUUGAUUCAACCUUUAUGCAGGAUACAUUGGAUUCGAUGGAUUUAACGUGUUCAAACCCAACAUUGAAUUCAAAUUCUUUUAAGCCAAAUCUAGAUAGCUCUACAACAAUGGAAUUUACUUGUACAAACCCUCCUCUCAUUUCAAAUAUGUCUAAGUCAGAUUUUCUAAAUGCUUCGGAAACAAUGGAAUUCACAUGUGCAAACCCACCUCUUGCCACAAACACUUGCAGGCCAAAUAUUGCAGAUACUUCGGCAACAAUGGAAUUCACAUGUUCGAACCCACCACUUGUCAAAUACAAUUCCAAGCCAAAUAUUAUAGAUACUUCGGCAACAAUGGAAUUUACAUGUAGAAACCCACCUCUUAUCUCAAACACCUGCAAGCCAAAUAUUGCAGAUACUUCAGCAACAAUGGAAUUUACAUGUAGAAACCCACCUCUUGUCUCAAACUUCACUUUUUCAAACACUUCCCAGCCAAAUAUUGCAGAUACUUCGGCAACAAUGGAAUUUACAUGUGCGAACCCACCUCUUGUGUCAAAAAAUUCCAAGCCAAAUAUUAUAGAUACUUCGGCAACAAUGGAAUUUACAUGUAGAAAUCCACCUCUUAUCUCAAACACCUGCAAGCCAAAUAUUGCAGAUACUUCGGCAACAAUGGAAUUUACAUGUGCGAACCCACCUCUUGUGUCAAAAAAUUCCAAGCCAAAUAUUAUAGAUACUUCGGCAACAAUGGAAUUUACAUGUAGAAAUCCACCUCUUAUCUCAAACACCUGCAAGCCAAAUAUUGCAGAUACUUCGGCAACAAUGGAAUUUACAUGUGCGAACCCACCUCUUGUGUCAAAAAAUUCCAAGUCAAAUGUUAUAGAUACUUCGGCAACAAUGGAAUUUACAUGUAGAAAUCCACCUCUUAUCUCAAACACCUGCAAGCCAAAUAUUGCAGAUACUUCGGCAACAAUGGAAUUUACAUGUGCGAACCCACCUCUUGUGUCAAAAAAUUCCAAGUCAAAUGUUAUAGAUACUUCGGCAACAAUGGAAUUUACAUGUAGAAAUCCACCUCUUAUCUCAAACUUCACUUUUUCAGACACUUCCAAGCCAAAUAUUGCAGAUACUUCGGCAACAAUGGAAUUUACAUGUGCGAACCCACCUCUUGUGUCAAAAAAUUUCAAGCCAAAUUUUAUAGAUACUUCGGCAACGAUGGAAUUUACAUGUAGAAACCCACCUCUUGUCUCAAACUUCACUUUUUCAGACACUUCCAAGCCAAAUAUUGCAGAUACUUCGGCAACAAUGGAAUUUACAUGUGCGAACCCACCUCUUGUGUCAAAAAAUUUCAAGCCAAAUUUUAUAGAUACUUCGGCAACAAUGGAAUUUACAUGUAGAAACCCACCUCUUAUCUCAAACUUCAUUUUUUCAGACGCUUCCAAGCCAAAUAUUGCAGAUACUUCGGCAACAAUGGAAUUUACAUGUGCGAACCCACCUCUUGUGUCAAACAAUUCCAAGCCAAAUAUGGCAGAUACUUCGGCAACAAUGGAAUUUACAUGUAGAAACCCACCUCUUGUUUCAAACUUCCCUUUUUCAGACACCUGCAAGCCAAAUAUUGCAGAUACUUCGGCAACAAUGGAAUUUACAUGUAGAAACCCACCUCUUGUUUCAAACUUCCCUUUUUCAGACACCUGCAAGCCAAAUAUUGCAGAUACUUCGGCAACAAUGGAAUUUACAUGUAGAAACCCACCUCUUGUUUCAAACUUCCCUUUUUCAGACACCUGCAAGCCAAAUAUUGCAGAUACUUCGGCAACAAUGGAAUUUACAUGUAGAAACCCACCUCUUGUUUCAAACUUCCCUUUUUCAGACACCUGCAAGCCAAAUAUUGCAGAUACUUCGGCAACAAUGGAAUUUACAUGUAGAAACCCACCUCUUGUUUCAAACUUCCCUUUUUCAGACACCUGCAAGCCAAAUAUUGCAGAUACUUCGGCAACAAUGGAAUUUACAUGUAGAAACCCACCUCUUGUUUCAAACUUCCCUUUUUCAGACACCUGCAAGCCAAAUAUUGCAGAUACUUCGGCAACAAUGGAAUUUACAUGUAGAAACCCACCUCUUGUUUCAAAGUUCACUUUUUCAGACACUUCCAAGCCAAAUAUUGCAGAUACUUCGGCAACAAUGGAAUUUACAUGUAGAAACCCACCUCUUGUUUCAAACACUCUCAGGCGAAAUUUUCUUGACUCUUCUGAAACAAUGGAAUUUACUUGUGCUAAUCCAACUCUGGCCUCAAACACUUCUAAGCCAAAUGUUGUAGAUACUUCCGCAACAAUGGAAUUCACAUGUGCUAACCCACCUCUUUUCUCAAAUUAUUCCAAGCCAAACGUUCUAGAUACUAAUGCAAGAAAGGAAAUUACACAUGGAAAUCUCCUUUUCUCAAACACUUCUAAGCCAAAUGUUCUAGAUACUUCAGCUACAAUGGAAUUUACAUGUAGAAACAGACCUCUAGUAUCGAAUAUUUCACAGUCAAAUAUUGUAGAUACGUCGGCAACAAUGGAAUUUACAUGUAAAAACCCUCCUCUUGUAUCAAGUUCUUACAAGCCGGAUCUUGUAAAUUCUUCCACAAUGAUGGAAUUUACACGUGCAAAUCAACCUCUUCUAUCAAAUAUCUCCACCUCAAAUGUUGUAGAUACUUCGACAACUAUGGACUUCACACAUUCAAACCUUCAUCUUGCAACAAGUACAACCAAGUCGAACGUUCUAGAUACUUCGGCAACAAUGGAAUUUACAUGUAGAAACCAACCUCUUGUAUCAAAUGCUCACAAACGUAGUCUUGUAAAUUCUUCCACAACAAUGGAAUUCACAUGUGCAAACCAACCUCUUGUAUCAAAUACUUCCAAGCAAAAGGUUUUGGAUACUUCAGGAACAAUGGAAUUUACAUUUUCAAACUCUCCUGCUGUCUCAAAUAUACCCAAGUCUAGCGUUUUAGAUACUUCGGCAACAAUGGAUAUUUCAUGUACAAACCAACCUCUUGUCUCAAAAUCGUCUAACUUCAAGUCCAAAAUUCCGUCACUUAAGAAAAGUACUGUAGAAGAUAAGAUCAUUCCAACCGCAUGGAAAUCCUCAAGAAUGGAGCUUUUCAAUGAAGCCGAUGAAUCAUAUCCUUCUGAAUUUCCUAGAAGGAAUUAUCUUGAUAAAACUGUUUCUGAACUUUCAAGUUUCGAUUUUUCCAAAGGGGUAUCAUUGAUUCAAAGUAUAAAUCAAUCAGCUAUGUCAACAUUUGCGAAUAUGUCAGUUGCAGUUGACAAUGGACCACCAGUCGAUUUGCCUUCUUUCAAUUUAACAAAUAUAACAAUUCCUAAAAUAAUCGAAGAUUUUUCUACAUCAAAAAUACCGAAUGUAUCUUUGCCGAAUGAGAAUAUACCAGAAAUUGAUCUGCCUUCCUUCAACCUAACAAAUGUAACAAUUCCUAAAAUAGUUGUCGAAGAUUGUUCUAUAUCAAAAACACCAACUAAGAAUAAACUAGAAAUGUCUCAUAUGGAGUGUUCGGAGUCCAUACUGCAAAUCCAAACAAAUAAGAUAGAUUCGCUGUGUAGAAGCACUGGCGAUUCAUCGGUUAUCAGUUUUUGUAAUGUAGACGAUACCCAGGAGCUACUCAAAGAUGCUUCGAAACUCGGCCGUAUGAAGAUUUCCACAUUAAUUGAUAACUCCGUAGAAAACACGUCAGGAACUCAGAUGAAUAAAACUUAUCUUGUGGAUAGAAAAAGUAUGUAUUCCGCCCCCAAUGAAAAUGAGGUACAUAAUUUGAAUGAGUCGGAGAAGAAUAGCAAAAAGAGAGAAACUAAAUCUGAUGUAAUCGAGGAAAAUAAGCAGGCGAACAGCGGUGAUCAUACCGAAGAACAUACAGAUAUAUUCACCAAAUGUGGAAAUGAAUUUUAUGAACCUAACUUCUUAAUAGACAGAAGCACAAUAGAAUUGAUAGAAAACUCAACUGAUGAAACUAUGGCAGAUAAUGAUACUAAAGAUCAUCACAACUUGACCGAAGGAGAAAAUAUUAUCGUAAAAACCAAGAUUAUUGAAAAAGAUGUGGGUAUGAUCCAAGAUGUACAAGAUGAGAAAACUUCAAAGAAAGACAUUUCUCCCUCUGAGAUCAUGGCUAUGAUACAAAAAGACAAAUUACAUCUACAAAAAGAACUGAAGAAACUGCAAUUUCCUGAACCACCAGAAAAUGAAAGAUAUAACAAAGCUAUGAAUCGUAUUCAGGAGCUGAUAAAAGAAUCAGACAAAUUGGAUGAGGUCAUUUCAAUUCAAUAUGGAAUUUUCAAAAAACAACUGAAGGAAACAAUUGAAACUUGUAAAAUUAAUCCUCUUUCACCUGAAGAAAAUACCGAAGAAGACGAAGCUGUUGAUAAUGAUGAAUUGGAAGACAUUCUGCCUACUAAAAGAGGAAUCGUUCAAAAAAUCGAAGAGAUGUCUAAAAUGUGUGACAACAGUUGGAAAUUUAUUGAAUUAGCAGAUGGUGUUGCCAAAUUCACAACCUUUUUCCAACAGUUAGAAGUUAACCUAGAAUAUACUCCUCACGAUUAUGAAGUUAGUAAGAUCGAAACAAAAUCUCUUUUAACAGAGAAAGCCAAACCAAUAGCAUACAUUAUGCAGAAAGAAAUACUCAGGUUAUUAACUCCCUUACACAUAAAUAAGGCCAUAGGACAUCAUUAUAACAUUCUUUCACUGCUUGAUUACAUUCAGUUGAUAAUGGACAAAAUCAGGAAAUGCUAUAUCGAUCUGAAGGAACUUCAAAAAUAUAAUGACUUGAAGUUAACAUAUGAUCAUAAGGCAAGCUUCGACAUACUGAACGUUUAUUUGGCUAUCAAAUGGGAUUUCACCGUUGAUUUAUCUAAUUUAGAAGGUGUAACAAAAGAAUCAGUUACAGUCAGAGCUGCCAUCGGUGAAGUUGAUUCUAAACAAGUUUUGGAUCUUGUUAGCAAAUGUCCCAGAGGUUUGGAAUUUCUUAAAAACUAUGUAACGCAGAUUGAAAAUCAUAUAGAAGUGUUGAUAAAACGCGAUAAAUUUAAAUCAAAAAAAUGUUGAAAGAUUGAAUUGUUAAAGUGUAAAUGUUAUUCUGUAAAUUAUAUAUGUCUAUCAAAUAUAUUUUUCUAACCCUA